CCUUCAAACAAGAGGGUUUUCUGAUAAACGCGAGUCGCCGGACAUUGUCCCAACUAAAACCACGCCGUGUGAACAUACACUAUUUAGUAUCACCAAGGUGAUGAUCACCAAAAUAGAUAAACAUGUUGUUUGUAUAAAAAGGAAACAUUUUGAUGCGUAGCGUCAAAAUCCUGUCUCUUGUUUUAAGCGUCACUUGGAAAAUACAUGUAGGACGAGGAGCUGCACAUGUACGCGUGAGCAGGCCCAACAGCCAAGCUUGUGUACAGUACAGUACAAAGGACAGGACAUGUACUUGUAAUUUACAACCAAGUUUGAAAAUCGAAAGCCUGAGAAUUUUUGCAACGUAAAUGCAUACUUUAGCAAUUGAUUGUUGCAAAAAUUAGUUGCAAAAAUGCCAGGCGUCCGACAGUUACAAGUAACCUUAGUGGUAUUUUGUUUCUGGAUUCAAGCCGCUGCGACUCAAAACGAUGAGGAUGCCAACCCCUUCGCCCAGCAAAUGACCGAACUUCAGAACUAUCUGGAAAGAAACGGUUACCUUAUGGAGAGUGACAACAUCACAGAUCCAAGCAGGAAUAUGACCCAGGCCAUCAUAGACUUACAGACACUGUCAGGACUCCAACCUACUGGCGAGGUUGAUGGUCUUCUUCUUUCAACUAUUGGAUCCCGUCGAUGUGGCUUGGCCGACAUCAUGCCUGAGACGUAUCAAACAGCUAAUGUCAAAUUCGGCAAGAAUCAUCUGACUUAUUGGAUUGAGCAGUUCCCGCCCUCUAUGGAUCAGCAAGUUGUCAAAGCAGUCAUACGAGAUGCUUUUCAGGUUUGGGCUGAUGUCACCCCGCUGUCUUUCUCCGAGGUUUUUGUUCAAGACGCUGACAUUCAAAUCCUCUUCGGUGCUCGGGAGCAUGGUGAUGGGGUACCAUUUGAUGGGCGAGGUGGUGUCCUUGCACACGCGUAUCUACCUUUAAGUGGAGACGCUCAUUUUGACGCCGAAGAAAGAUGGACAGUGGGGACAUUUGCAGGGACUAAUCUGUUUCAAGUAGCUGCGCAUGAGUUCGGCCACAGCUUGGGUUUACUCCAUUCUCAAGACAUUACAGCACUCAUGUAUCCCUAUUACCGAGGGUACCAGCCAAAUUUCCGCUUAAGUGAAGAUGACAAGGAGGGAAUACGGAGUCUAUAUGGCAGAGAAAGGGUACCAGACUAUGACGGCACAGAUGAGGAACCUGAUAGUGGGAAUAACGAUGACGUUGAAAUUACAACAGCGAGCACUCCUACCCCACCCCCACCAACAACACCAGGAACACCUACCCAAGCACCGCCUCCCCCAGCAGAAGCCUGCCUGAGAAAUGGCACUUUCGACGCCGUGGUUAACACCAAAGAUGGCCACAGCUUUGGAUUUAUCGGUGCAUACGUGUGGCGCUUGGAUGUCUUUCCGCGAACGUUCACACAAAUAAGCGAAGCAUGGCAAAGUCUUCCAAACCACGUGCAGUCGGCUGUCAAACAAGGUGACAUCACAUACAUUCUCAAGGGAUGUUAUGUGUGGAGAUACGAGAAUCUGCAGUAUCGUGGACGGAGACGUAUCCGUGAACAGUGGCCUGGUCUUCCCUGCAAUGUGCAAGCCGGUUACGUGUCAUCCAGUGACACCUACUUCUUUAAAGGUCUCUUUGUCUACCGUUUUCGUGGGAGUUCCUUCAGAUCUCGCCGUAGAAUAUGGAGCCUAAAUUGGCAUGGUCUGCCGUAUCGCAACUUUCGUAUUACGGCCAUCAGCCCCAACUUAAACGACGACGGGGAAGUAACAAAUGUGUACAUAUUUACAGGGAACGUGUAUUACCUGUUUGAUGACGCAACGAAGCGCUUUGUUUAUCGCAACGAAUAUCCUCGUGAAGUUACCAGGUUUAUACUUGGCAGGUGUCUUAUUUCAUAAUGAAAACAAUUCAUGAAGUGUCAACGAGUUUGUCAGAUCUCAGAUUUGGACCAUGUCACUAAACAGUGCCACGUGAGCAAACACGUGUACAUGUGCUCAAAGUUAAUUUUACACGUAAAUAAUGGUUAGGUUCACUUUCUAAAAAUCUGUUUUGUAAAACUGCGUCGCUUUCAUGCCGUGCACAUUAAGAAUUGUGUAUACCAGUCUUUUUCUUUUGUAGUUUUUCUUUUUUCGUAAGGAAACCGAAACUUGGAUGUUGGUCUCCAUAAACAGGAAUUUCUAGUUUCGAGUCUCGCUUGAUCACUUUCUGAUUUUUUCUCCAUAAGCUCUCGAGUAAAAAUGUCGCAGCUGAUGUGAAUAUGUUAAUUGACUUCGUCUUUCAAUUUCCCGUUCUAUUGUUUAAAAUUAAUUUCAUGGUAUUUUUUGUAAACUUUUGUGGAGCGUUUCUUGCAAGGAGACUGAUUAAGUCUGGUAGCCAAUUUUUAUGUUUUGAGGCAGCAUGUGCUUGAUAUACCGUAAUUUUACAAAGGAAAAUACCGAGCAGAUUUCUUGACUUCUUGAGCGUUGUUUAUAAACUUGUUGGGAAGAAAUUAAGUUUGCAUGCUGAAACGUAAUUUAUAUUAUAAAUAAUGUACUUAUACUUUGUUUUUAUGACGUCAUCCUAGUUUUAGAAAUUAUAAGUUUGAUUUUAUUAGUCCAUAGUUUCAGUUGAUCACUCUAGAUUAAACAUUUUGACAGAUGAAUACAUGUAUAGGAAAUCUUUUGCCAGAAUUUUUAACGUUGUAUUUUGUCAAUUCUUAAUUAGCUACCAAGUUAAUCUUAGAAAUUCAGUUGCCAUGUAUGAAUUAUACAGUAUAGCUGCUAAAGUAAAUUUAUGAAAUACGACAUUACCAACGUUGACUCAACAUAA